AUGCCUACGGACCCGCUCAAGGUUCUCAUUGUAGGCGCAGGGUUUGGUGGUCUCACGGCUGCUAUUGAAUGCCGCAAGAAGGGCUUUUCUGUCAUCCUUUUCGAGGGUAACACUAGCCGGCGUCAACUCGGCGACAUCAUCUCCUUUGGCUCAAAUUCAGGACGUAUCUUCCGUAGCUGGCCUGGCGUCGAGGAGAAGCUCGAUCCAAUAUGCCAUCACAGCGACGGCCUCGACUUUCGCACCUACGAUGACGAAUUCCUUACCCGCCAGAUAUGGGAUGCGGAAGCGAACUGGGGAAAAAGAUUUAAUGGUCAUCGAGGAGAGAUUCAUGAAGUGGUGUGGAAUCACGCAAUCGACGUCGGUGUAGACAUUAGGCUUGGCUGCAAGGUACAAGAGUAUUUCGAGACAGAGACUGAAGCAGGUGUGGUAGUCAACGGCGAGAGGAUAGUGGGUGACGUUGUUCUCGCUGGGGAUGGUGUGAGGAGUCUGGCACGCACUAUCGUGUUGGGAUUUGAAGAUAAGCCAAAGAGCUCCGGAUAUGCCGUGUAUCGGGCUUGGAUGCCCACUGAUGGGUUGAAGAAGAAUCCAUCGACGGCAUGGCUCGCGAAUCCUGAAAAAGAUCUUCACGUGGGCUGGCUAGGUCCUGAUGUACAUUUCCUGGUGGCGACACUCCAGAAGGGCACUGCUUGUUCCUGGGUACUGACGCACAAGGAUGAGGCUGAUGUGGAAGAAAGCUGGUCGGCACCUGGAUACGUCGAUGAGGCCAUCAAGGCAGUUUCCAAUUGGGCACCAGUUGUUCACGACAUCAUUCGUGCGACCCCCGACGGAGCUUUGGUGGACUGGAAGCUUGUGUUUCGUGAUCCUCUACCUACAUGGAUAAGUCCUAAACGAAGGAUUGCGCUUAUUGGAGACUCAGCUCAUCCAUUCUUGCCAACUUCCAUACAGGGUGCUUCGCAAUCAAUGGAGGAUGGUGUGACGGCUGCCGUCUGUCUUGAACUUGCAGGCAAGCAAAACGUACCAGAAGCUAUCCGUGCAUACGAGAAGAUCAGGUAUCCCCGCGUACUGGCUACGCAAAGAACUGGAGUUACAAAUCGGGAUGCAUGGCAUAAGGCGGAUUUUGACUAUGUCAGGAAGAAUCCCGAGAGCGUAAAGCUGCCACGUCUGGACUGGGUCUUGAACUUUGACUGCGAAAAGCAUGCUUACGAUGUGUACCAAGAUACAGUUGAGUCGUUGAGAGCAGAUCCAGGUUGGAAGCCAGAUACCACGUUGUGA